UUCCCCAGGCUCGACCAGCGCCUGAGGAGGUAUGCUCCUCGAACGCUGGGCCUGUGCUCGCGCCCAGCACACGCACGUGGCUCCUUGAUUGGCCACGUGGUGUCUGCUGUUGGUGACGUGGCUGUCCAUGACGCCCGGACAGGGGUACCGCCAGCAGAGAUUGAAGACGGCGAUAAACAUGGCGGCGCAGCACUUCGGGAACGAGAUGGAGGUGGAUGAGGAGUUGCAAUGUGGAGAUAGUUUUUACUACACAAAGAUCUACGAUACUAAUGAUGACGUCUGGUAUGGAGAGGACGAUGGGCAUGAUGAGGUGGACGAAGAAGGAGACGUUGACAAUAGCGAAACAGGCGCGCUGGAGGACGAUGACGUCGUUGGCUACUUCGCGGCCAUCAAUUCGGUGUGUGGGGAGCGCACACCAGAAAAGGAUUAUCAGCGAGGGGAGUGGGAGUAUGGGAUUGGUGAAGUGAGAGGGUGGGACGUGGAGUGGGGGCAGAAGACAACAGUGACACUACCGGUGACGACAACAGCACGCAUGUUAAUAUCAUCAUCUACAACAGCAUCUCUUGAUGUUGACGAUGUCCCUCAGCCUCAGCGGGAUGCUGAGGAGAGGGUUUAUAUUGCCCUCAAUGAGGAGGGGCUGACGACUAUCGCUGAGAUGGGGAUGAUGGGAGGCAACGAUGUCAGUAAGGGCGGGAAGGGUGUGCAGGGCGAGAAGGACAUCAACAACAUCGACAACGACGAUGAAGACAACGACAACAACAGCAACAACAAUGACAACACCGACGUGGAUGAGGGUGGAAAGGGUGAAAAGGGUGAGGAGGGUGCGAAGGAUGAAACUGACAACAACAACAACAACAACAAUAACAAUAUCAACAUCAACAACAGCAUUAAUGGCAACACCAAUAUCAACAAUCCAGACGACGGCGAUGGCAAUAACCACGAGAGCAGCGGUGCUGAGAGGGGAGCCGAUGCAUCCAACUUCAGCAUCAUGGGGAAGAUGCUGCCAUCAGUGCAGUGGGGGGGAACCUGCUGCUUAUUAUGGAUGGCGAAUUGGGGCUUGAGGCUGAAGUUACGAUUCACCGUUCCUCUCCACCCUUGCAUGGUGUUUAUCCACGAUGAAGUGUCUCUUCAUUUCUGGCACCGGGUGGGGAUAGGAUAGGCAAUCUCCCUGCGAUGAAUGGGGCUGAUUAAGGAUUGAUUAGGGAUUGAUUCCCUCUCAUCUUUCUAACCCUCAAUUCCUAAUCCUGAAACGGCUGUGGGGAUAUAUGCUUCGUACGAUUACUACCGAGC